AUGGAAGACAGUCACUUCCGUCAUAGUGCUUCGCACCAUCCCUCCCCUUUUACCUCCCCCCAAUCGCACCAACUCCAGACCUUCCCCCAAAACCGAUCCGCCUCCAUAGCGACCACCACCGCCCUCGAACCGCAUGCGCCCCAGCACCGCUCCGGCUCGCCCAGCGACGAAGAAGGCCAGCCUCCACCACGGUACACGGCGGAAAACGACCCGUUCCAGCUGGCGUCUAAACUCAAAACCGCCGAUGAAAUCAAGCACAUUCAACCACGGGCCAAUGUGUCCCGCAAACGCAACAGCUGCAACCCCGCGGCCAUCAUCUCGAAGACCACGAGCAAAGAAGCCCUCUCCCGGGGCCUCACCUCGAAAAGCCAACUACAAGGCUUCUACCAGACACAAAAUGAGAACAUCGAGCGCAUGCUCAAGCCCGUGGAGGAGCACGUGCGCACCGCGCGCGAAAUCAAUACCAACAACCAACUCAAGUACAAGAUCGCCGUGUACGGCAGUUUCGCCGCCAACGUGAUCCUCUCCGUGCUGCAGCUCUACGGCGCCAUCGCGUCCGGCUCGCUCUCCCUCUUCACGACCAUGGCCGACGCCGUCUUCGACCCCAUGUCCAACCUCACCCUGCUGCUUUGCAACAAGGCCGUCAACCGAGUCGACCCGCGCAAGUUCCCCGCCGGAAAAGCCCGCAUCGAAACAGCCGGCAACAUCUGCUUCUGCUUCCUCAUGACGGCCGUCUCGUUCAUCAUCAUCGCCUUCUCGAUCCGCGAGCUGGUCGGCGGCUCCGAGUCCGAGACCGGCGAGUUCCACCUCCCCUCCGUCAUCGCCGUCGUCGUGGCCUUCUGCACCAAGUUCGCCCUUUUCGUCUACUGCUUCGCCCUGCGCCACCAGGUCUCCCAGAUCCGCAUCCUCUGGGAAGACCACCGCAAUGACCUCUUCAUCAACGGCUUCGGUAUCCUCACCUCCGUCGGCGGCAGUAAGUUGCGCUGGUGGAUCGAUCCCAUGGGCGCCAUCAUCCUCUCCGUCCUCGUCAGCGCCUUGUGGCUGUAUACCGCAUAUCACGAGUUCCAGCUCCUCAUCGGCGUGACGGCCGAUACGAAGAUGCAGCAAUUGAUCACUUACAUCUCAAUGACCCAUUCCCCCCUCAUCACCGCCAUCGACACCGUCCGCGCCUAUACCUCCGGCCCGCGUCUUCUCGUGGAAGUCGACAUCGUGAUGGACCCGAACGACUCGCUGCGCGCCACCCACGACGUCGCCGAGGAACUGCAGAUGAAGCUCGAGUCGCUGCCAGAUGUCGAGAGAGCGUAUGUCCAUGUCGACUACGAGACGACGCAUAAACCGGAACAUUUCUUGAAGAAGGAGUUGUAA